GGGACGCGCCGUCCACCGCCCCACUCGCGCCUUCCCGCACCAUGACCCUCGUCGACGCCUUAAAAGACACCUCGCGACCCGUGUUCCUGUUCGGGGUGACGCCGCCGCUGGAAGGAUCGUCCGCGGACGCCAUCGCGGACGCGGCGGAUAACUUUGUGCAAAAGUCGCGCGGGUUGGCGUGCGACGGGUACAUCGUGUACGAUAUUCAAGAAGAAGCCGGACGCACGGCGGACGCGAGACCGUUUCCGUUUCGAAAGCUCGAUGAUCCGGGCGCGUUCGCCGCGGCGCUGCGAAAGGCGAGCGGUGGGACGGAGAGCGUGGUGUACAAGUGCGUGGCGGAGACGAAGAGCGAGGGCGAAUUUCAGUCGUGGCUCGACGAAGCCACGCGAGAGACGAGCGCGUAUAAUCUCGUCGGAGGCGCGAGUUCGAGUCAGGAGUACGCCGGACCGACGAUUCAGCGCGCGGCGGAAAUGUUGAGGAAGACUAAGAGGGGAUGCGCGUUCGGUGGGGUGACGAUCGCGGAGAGACACGCGAAGAAGGGAAACGAGCACGAGACGCUGUGCGCCAAGACGGAUGCGGGCGCGGAGUGGUUUAUUUCUCAAGCCAUUUACGACGCUGAUAUGACGAUCAAGCUCGUGAACGAUUACGGUGCGGAGUGUGAGAGGCGGGGGAUCCAACCCAAGCGCAUCGUGCUCACGUUUGCCCCGUGUGGGCGCGAAAAAACGAUGAAAUUCAUCAAGUGGCUCGGGUGCUCCGUCCCGGAAGCCGUCGAAGCCGAAAUUCUCGGCGCCGACAACCCGGCGCAAAAGUCCGUGGAAAUCCUCGUCGCCAUGUGCGAGCGCAUCAUCGCCGAAACGAAACAAUCCAAAGUUCCCCUCGGCGUCUCCGUGGAGUCGGUGAGCAUCUUCAAAAACGAAAAAGAAGCCGCCCGCGACUUGUUUCGUCUCACGCAAGCCGUCAUGCUCGACGCGUACGGCGUCCAAUGGUCCAUGCGUUACGCCAUCGACGCCUCAUCGUCCAAACGCGCGGGCAAAGACGAUAAAAUCAAGCGCAUCGCCACCGUCGUCGCCGCCUUCCUCGCCGGCGCCGUCGCGCGCACUAAAUUUGCAUAA